UUGACAAUGGCUCCGGCAUGUGCAAGGCCGGCUUCGCUGGGGACGAUGCCCCGCGUGCCGUGUUCCCGUCCAUCGUUGGACGCCCACGUCACCAGGGCGUGAUGGUGGGCAUGGGUCAGAAGGACACGUACGUCGGCGACGAAGCCCAGAGCAAGCGUGGUAUUCUGACACUCAAGUACCCGAUCGAGCACGGUAUUGUCACAAACUGGGACGAUAUGGAGAAAAUCUGGCAUCACACGUUCUACAACGAGCUGCGCGUCGCCCCGGAGGAACAUCCCGUCCUGCUGACCGAGGCUCCGUUGAACCCGAAGGCUAACCGCGAAAAGAUGACGCAAAUUAUGUUCGAAACGUUCAACACGCCCGCCAUGUACGUGGCCAUCCAGGCGGUGCUAUCCCUGUACGCAUCCGGUCGCACCACCGGAAUCGUGCUCGACUCGGGCGAUGGCGUGUCCCACACAGUACCGAUCUACGAAGGGUACGCGCUGCCACACGCAAUCCUGCGACUCGAUCUGGCCGGUCGCGAUCUCACCGACUACUUGAUGAAGAUCUUGACCGAGCGUGGCUACUCGUUCACCACCACGGCCGAGCGUGAAAUCGUGCGCGACAUCAAGGAGAAGCUGUGCUACGUCGCACUGGACUUCGAGCAGGAGAUGGCCACCGCGGCGUCGUCCAGCUCGCUGGAGAAGAGCUACGAGCUGCCGGACGGGCAGGUGAUCACGAUCGGCAACGAGCGGUUCCGUUGCCCGGAGGCCCUGUUCCAGCCCUCGUUCCUGGGCAUGGAAGCGUGCGGUAUCCACGAGACGACCUACAACUCCAUCAUGAAGUGCGACGUCGACAUCCGUAAGGAUCUGUACGCCAACACCGUGCUGUCCGGCGGUAGCACCAUGUACCCGGGCAUUGCCGACCGUAUGCAGAAGAAGAUCACCGCCCUCGCCCCAUCAACCAUGAAGAUCAAGAUCAUCGCGCCGCCCGAGCGCAAGUACUCGGUCUGGAUCGGUGGUUCGAUUCUUGCGUCGUUGUCCACCUUCCAGCAGAUGUGGAUCUCGAAACAGGAGUACGACGAGUCCGGCCCGUCGAUCGUUCACCGAAAGUGCUUCUAAGAAGUCACUGCACCGCCCCCCCACAGAAACCAUUCCCACACCAACACCACCACCCCGCCUCAACCCCUCUCACACCACCAACAUCUUAUUUUCUCGGCGUCGUCAUCGCUGUAGGCGGCGUCGUCAUCGGCGACACUACUACCGCCCAGACUCGCAGGUCGCAGCGCGCUUAGCGGCACAACGUCAGCAGCGCAAAUCAACGUCAUCACACUGCCGUCAUCGUCGCCGGUGUCGCCGGCGCCCCCCAAUUUCAUUAUGAGACACUGGAACACGUGUGGAAUUAUGUUUUCAUGAAUGUAAAUAUGUAUGGAUGUCGUAUCCACAUUUACAUUCAUAAAUCACACAUUUAUAUUUAUCCAAACAUAAAACACACACACACGCGUACACACGUUACAUAAAUUUCGUUCAAUCGCGACACUGGUCAUCGUGUCCCUGUAGGUCGAGAGCACGGAAGGUGAGCAGAAGAGUUUUGCAGAGACACCCAUCAUCCUGCGCACAAAAUGCGUCGCUCGUCGCUUGCCACACGCGUACACCAUCAUCACACCUCCCCUGGGCAGGAGACUCUUAGCUAGACGGGCUAGAUGAGGAGAAAGGAUAUACACCCAAAAUACAGAUUGAUCAGAUCCGUUGAUCCGUUGAUUCGUCAUUUAAUGCUCCUCCUUAGAGCUACGCAAGCUACAGAAGAUCGCGGAAGAUAAAAUUUCGGCUCAAGAUAGGUCCCCCUCUCCCCACUUCGCGUCCUUCGAUCAAGGGAAAUUGUGCUUGCACUGUUUUCCAAUGUGUGUGUGUGUGUGGCGUGGAAUUGGAAUCCUGCAUAUCCUGGCCAGUUCACACAUGCACUCUGGUGUGCUCUAUCCAACAUCCAGUGAUUAGCGCGAGGGGGAGGAGAAAGUGCAGAGAAAUGGUAGUGAUUGUCAGAGCGCAUCCUGUGGUGCGCUGGGAAGCGGCGAGCGUUUGUGACUAAAGAUCGAGUGCCGCCAACACCUCUUUGUGGUUUUUCGAUCGAUCUGUGCCCAAGUGCUUUACUAUUUUUUUGGAAAGCAAAUAAAAAUCGUAUGAUCAAUGGAAGAACGAACAACAAAACGACACUUCGCUUCACUUCUGUAUGCGGACAUAUAUAAGUAACGGCGGCGAGAGAGCGAGUGACGGACAGGAUUGCAAAUGAUAGGGUGAUGAACACGCCACACUGGGAGUUGGGCUGUUGUGUGGGAUCAAUUAGGAUGAUUUUCGGGGAACCGCAGUCGUUCGGGGGUAUGGGGCUAGCCUAUUUGGCUAUGCAACCAGAGCCACAUCUUUGUAUUGCUUUUUUCUUCCGAUUUGUUGUGCGUAAGAUGAUACCUCUGUUUCGUAUGCGAUGCACAGUGAGCUUUUGAACACGCAACGCGUGGUGGCGUUCCACGGAUCUCGGUAUCUUCGGAUAGAUUGGGAAAGGGACUUCCCACUUUGGGCUUUUUUUGCCAUUUGCUUUGACUACGAGGUAUCAUCAUUGGGGGGUAUACAUUUGAACAGCGCCACUGGAAAACAACAGAAUCAGUAGAGAUAGUGCGCCAAAAAGGGCCCAUCUAACCAACAGAUUUUUUACUUCAAAAGCACCAGCACUGUUGGAUGUGCUGUGUUCAUCAUAAACACGGGAACGAAACCUUUCCUUCCCACAACAGAAGUAGCGGAUUUCGAACUGAAAGUAUCAUCAUUAAUAAGCAAGAAAAGCGUGUGCUGCUAGAUUGAGUGGGCGCACAUUCCUUCCUUUCAGUUUUUCCACAUUUCGAGAUCGGUUUUGGA